AAGUGAAAUAUAAAGGCAAGACAAAGAACAAGCUUUUCUUGGCUAUAUAGGAAUCCAAUUCCAAGGUUUAUUUCCGACAAGGAAGAAGGAUCCCUGACGGGCUAGUGUGGCUUCUUGACGCUUCCUAUGCUCCUCCUCUUCCCCCAUUUCAAGCCAGCGAUCUCGAGUUCGGAAUGGUUCGGUUGAUCUGCUCUAUCGUGUAAUGGAAUCUUUAGGGUUAAAGCGAUGAUGAUGCUUGUCUUGUUUCACGAAAUUUUCCGCAGUGAUGGGGAUUAAUUGUGAUCUUCUGAAGGCAACUUCUGGCCUUCUAUUUAUGUGUCACAAUUUGCCAGUUUGAAUUUUUUUUUCCCACUGUGAAGCUUGGACUGUACAAUUUUUUCCAAAGAAAUAUUUGAGACAAUCUGCGGUUGGAAGAAGGAUGGCUAGAAGUCGAAAAUUUUGCCUGUAUCUUCUGUUAUUGAUGUGUUGGGCAUAUAUUGGAGAAGCAGAUUAUAUGAAGUACAAGGAUCCUAAACAGCCAAUCAAUGUUCGAAUCAAGGACUUGAUGGAUCGGAUGACCCUUGCUGAAAAGAUUGGUCAGAUGACCCAGAUUGAGCGCGAGGUUGCAUCAGCUCAAGUCAUGAAAAACUACUUCAUAGGUAGCGUGUUGAGUGGUGGAGGGAGUGUGCCUCGUCCUGAAGCCAGUGUUGCAGACUGGGUGAAUAUGGUAAAUGAAUUUCAAAAGGGCUCUCUCUCAACCAGGCUGGGGAUUCCAAUGAUUUAUGGGAUUGAUGCUGUUCAUGGACAUAAUAAUGUUUAUAAAGCAACAAUAUUCCCUCAUAAUAUUGGUCUUGGAGCUACCAGGGAUCCUGAACUUGUGAAGAGGAUUGGCGCAGCAACUGCCCUUGAAGUAAGGGCAACAGGCAUCCCAUAUGUCUUUGCUCCAUGCAUUGCGGUUUGCAGAGAUCCAAGAUGGGGACGGUGUUACGAAAGUUAUAGUGAAGACCACAACAUUGUCCAGCAAAUGACAGAAAUAAUCCCUGGAUUACAGGGAGACGUGCCUGCUAAAUACAGAAAAGGUGUUCCAUAUGUUUCUGGAAAGGAGAAAGUUGCAGCCUGUGCAAAGCAUUAUGUUGGUGAUGGUGGGACGCAUAAUGGUAUUAAUGAGAAUAACACCAUUGUCAACCGUGCUGACCUACUUAGCAUCCAUAUGCCUGCUUACCUCAACUCAAUUAUAAAAGGUGUAUCGACAAUUAUGGUGUCGUACUCAAGCUGGAAUGGAGUUAAAAUGCAUGCAAAUCGUGAUCUAGUCACUGGCUACCUUAAAAACACUCUUCGCUUCAGGGGCUUUGUAAUCUCAGAUUGGCAGGGAAUUGAUAGGAUCACCAGCUCGCCAGGUGCAAAUUACACUUACUCAGUCCAAGCUGGAAUUAGUGCUGGUAUUGAUAUGGUGAUGGUUCCAUACAACUAUUCUGAGUUUAUUAAUGAUCUGACAUCCCUGGUUAAGAAGAAUGUCAUCCCCUUGAGCAGAAUUGAUGAUGCUGUAGGAAGAAUCCUUAGGGUUAAAUUCACUAUUGGUCUCUUUGAGAACCCUCUGGCUGAUCUUAGCUUGGUUGAUCAGCUAGGAAAGAAGGUUAUAAUUUUUCCCUGCUGUUCCAAGAAUUGUCUUGGUUUUCAGAAGUACCUCUUAUAUGGUUUGGCAUUUAAUCAGGAGCAUAGAGACUUGGCAAGGGAAGCUGUUAGAAAAUCACUUGUGCUACUGAAAAAUGGCAAAUCUACAAAUGAUUCAUUCUUGCCUCUCCCUAAAAAGGCUGCAAAGAUCCUUAUCGCCGGAAGUCAUGCUAGCAAUUUGGGUUAUCAAUGUGGUGGAUGGACAAUCGAAUGGCAAGGCGAUAGUGGAAACAUCACAGUUGGAACAACCAUACUUGAUGCUGUUAGAUCUGCUAUUGACCCUUCAACGGAAGUUGUCUACUCCGAGAACCCUGAUAGCAAUAUUGUCAAAGGCAAUGACUUCUCCUAUGCCAUUGUUGUGGUGGGAGAACCACCUUAUACUGAAACUGCUGGCGACAACCUCAACCUCGAGCUUCCUGACCCUGGCCCAAGCAUUAUUCAGACUGUGUGCGGUACCAUCAAAUGUGUUGUUGUUAUCAUCUCUGGCAGGCCUGUCAUGAUUGAGCCCUAUGUUCCCUUGGUGGAUGCUCUUGUUGCAGCUUGGCUUCCUGGGUCUGAAGGCCAAGGUCUCACUGAUGUUCUCUUUGGGGACUAUGGAUUCACAGGAAAGCUUUCACGAACCUGGUUCAAGUCUGUGGAUCAACUCCCCAUGAAUGUUGGGGAUAAGCACUAUGAUCCACUAUUUCCAUUUGGCUUUGGCUUAACAACUAAGCCUACAUCAGGGAGGCUUUCAUCUGCUGCCAGUAUCGUGAGAAAACAAACUUCCUGGGUGGUGUCUCUAUACCUCAGUUUUUCAGUGGCAUGGAUAAUUUUCUAAUUAAUUGUGAUUCCAACUUGGAUCUCAGACAUUAUCAGCAUGUGCAGAUUGCAAUUCAUGAGAUCGAUGAGGUGGCUUAAUUUUGUUUUGUCUAGUGUUCUUUUGCAAGCCUGAACUCAAUCGAGUUUCGUACAUGCUACGAUCAUUCUUAUUUGAUUACAGAAUCAUGAGAUUAUUAAGAUGGGAACAGAGUAUUUUGUUUUCAGGAUAUACUUACAUUUCUUUGGGAAAUGCUAUUUUGAAUUCACCUGCUAAAUGAGAAUGAGACAUUGUAGAACA